GAAGGUGGCGCCUUCGACCAGCGAGUCACAGGAGAGCUGCGCCUGUCAGUUGCGAGCCCACGGCAGUUCUCUCAGGACCCCCAUGCGGAGAUCGGCACGAGGCAAGCUUUGGCUGAGAUUGCAGACGUCCCGGAGGACCGGGUUCGCGUCUCCUUGAUGCCCAGCAAAGCGACUAUGUACGAUGAGGCAUUGCUUCUGGAGCUCCAGGGCGAGCCGGACUAUGACGUCAGCGGUCCGCAGGACGACGAAGUCUCAGCAUGGUAUGUCAUUCGGGUGCCUGUGCAUCCGGUCGACGGCGCUGUGAAGCUGUCCCAAAAGCUGAACAAUCUGGACCUUACCCUGGCAGAGCUGAAGCUGCAGGAUCUUUUGAUGGAUCAGGGCAUCAGCGAAGGGGUGAAGAUCUCCACACUCUCAGCCGAGAGUGGUUCGGCAGUUUCCCCGCUCAAACCUCAGGCCGAACUCGAGGGAGAGGAAGAUCUGCCGAAAGCCACAGGCACCCCGCCGGACACCACCACGACGCUGCUCCCCGAAGAGGACGUGGAACCUCCGACCGUGUCCAAUCCAGGUGGAGGUGAUGAGGAAGGGGACGAUCAGAUGCCCACUUCGCAG